CACGCGUCUCCCACCUCCAGUCGUCGCCCUCCCAUUUCCACGCGCCGCCGCCGUCCUCCCGCUUCCACGCGCCACCGCCGGUCCCCCGAACCACGCGCCGCCGCGGCUGGGCGCCUUAUCCGGAUCCUCCACCUCCCACCGUGGCUCCUCGCCGCCACCACGGGAUCCCGGCAGCUCCCCCAAGCGCGCCGUGUGCGGUCGCCGGCACCCCACCGCGCGACGCCGGCGACAUCCCGCACCUCGCGCGCCGGCGCGAACUUACUCACGUGCUACCGCGAACCGUCGCCUCACUCCUGCGCCAACCCACACGUCUCACCGUGAGACACCGGCGGCCACCCCCAUGCCCCAAAGCGCGCCGCCACGAACUUCCCCCCGCGCCGCCUCGAACUGCUCCGUGCGCCGUCGCGAACCUCUGCCUCACUCCUGCGACAGGUCGCCCGACCCAACCGGGCGCCGCAGUCAACUAGCCGUUAGCCUUUCCUCCCGAUUGCCUUUCUCUCAGAUGGCAAGCACAUGCCUCCUCUACAUCUCUUCUUCCAUCGAGCGACUACCAUAUAGCGUUUACUUGGGGUCCAAAAGUAGCGCCCCGUUGCCUCUAACCUCCAGCCUUGACGAACUGCACAGACCGGGGACGCACGAGCGACCUCCUGCGAGAUUGGCCCCCGGUAGGCGACGAGCACAGCGAAGGAGCCCAGCGAGGGUGCCUCACCUCUGCUCAUGCGUAGCUCUGGUAGUGUGCCGGAGAGCGCCUUCUGGACGCAGGUGACUUCAACUAUGCCCCCAAACUGUUUGUGUUUAUGUGUCGAAGGAGAAAGCUUUUAAAAAAGGAUGUUUAUCUCACCCCUGUGCAUGCCAUUUCAAUUCUUUUUGUAGAACAACAGUUUACAUAUUUGCAAAAUGGUUCACACUUUUUUCCAUUCAAUGUGGUGUUAAAUUUUAGCUUAAUGAGAUAAAAAUUCUGCACGGUUUGCUUCAGAAAGAUGCAAAAACAACAUGCACACUGAUUUCCCCUGUGUAUUCAUGUGUGCUUUACUUACCUAAUAAUGUUCAUGUUAGUACGUGCAAGUUGAAGCGCUAUGGAAGUGCUAAUGCUGAUAGUCCUAAAAUAAUGAUUUGCAGUGUAUAUUCCGAUUCAAGUGCCUUGUUCUUCCUAGCACACAUGGUGCUAUGUGUUAAUACCUAUGGGAGAAUAGCACGUACAAGAACUGUGUACUAGUGAUGAAACGGGGAUAAAGUCCUAAAAUAAUUAUGUUCCUUUUAUUCAGAUUUAAACGCACACAAGCGCUCAACUAACUGGUAUUUGUUAUAUUGUUUAUAAAUAUAAAUACACAACUUCUUGCUGUGCACUUGGUGUCACCCUGUUCUGGGCGUUUAUCACCUGACCCCUCCUCCUGUAUCAUACCUGCACAUUCCCUUGUGUUGUUGUAUGCAGUUCGGCUGCUCCCCAUACCUUAUGAUCCUAUGUGCUAAGGGUGCUACCUUUUUUGGUCCGCGGAGGUUGGAUGACGGUCCAGAUGCUGUACGCUGUUGCGAUCUCCUCCAUCGUGAAGGUCACACCACGUGCACCGUCCUCAGUCCAACCCCAUGGCAUCAGGAUGAUCGAGCUCAUCGCAAGUAGCAGUCCAUGGCUGCCAUCUUCCACUUUCCUCUGCCUAGGUCCUUUCCUAUGGAGGUGCAAGGUUGCAGCAAAAACAAGAUGCACAAGUUCAUCUUUUGUAUGCUUUUCAGUACAUCUACUUCCCAAUCGCGCUUCCUCCUCCUCUCAGGACCCGACCCAACCACUGCCGCCAUGGCACGGCGCCUCCACCUCCCGGCGAAGGACUACCACCUCCCCGACGACGUGCCCAACCCCGACGAGGCCCGCCGGCCCUGGAGUUCCUGCCGCGACGCCUCGACCUCCUGUUCAGCCAUGGAUUCUUGCCAUCCACAACGACAUCAGGAACACGAUUGGGCCGGGGGAGAAGGCAGAACCUCUAGGUGCAUGAUGGAAAAAAUUGCAAGUUCUUGUUUAGAUGUUCAGGAUACCCUUCUCUCAUUUCAUAUAUGUUCAGGAUAGCAGGUGCAUGAUGGAAAAUUGUGUAUCAUGUAGUUCUUGUUUAGAUGUCGUGCAAGUUCAAAAAUUGUCGGUUUUGCCACUGGACGUUGGUUGCAUUGUUUUUCCAGUGUGACGUCCCUUGGUAUGUUUGGAGUAUUGUUAUUGUUGCUU